AUGAACGGACUAGCACGGUGGAUAAUAACCACCACACUGUUGGUGGCAGCGAACAUGCGGUUCGCUGCUGGUGAAACUCACCGUUUCAACUGGACCACAGGGUGGGGCAACUACAACGUGGAUGGAACUAAGGAAAGACCAGUCAUCACUUGCAAUGGUGUGUGGCCAUGGCCAGAGGUAAGAGUCAGCAAGGGCGACCGCGUGGAGCUAUACCUCAACAACGGGUUCGACGACCGUAACACAUCGCUGCAUUUCCACGGACUGUUCCAAAACGGUACCAACCAGAUGGACGGGCCUCCCAUGGUCACCCAGUGUCCGAUCGGCGCGGGCCAGACCUUCCUGUACAACUUCACCGUCGAAGACAACGUCGGGACCUACUGGUACCAUUCACACACUGCCGGCCAGUACCAGGACGGUAUGCGUGGAACUUUUGUGAUCGAAGACAAGGACUGCCCCUACGAAUACGACGAGGACGUGACAGUGCAGCUGGGAGAAUGGUACCACGACGUGGCUGACGUGCUCAACCACAAGUUUCUCAGUGUGUACAACCCAACGGGCGCAGAACCCAUCCCGCAAAACUUGAUCAUGAACAACACCCGCAACAACACCUGGGAGGUCCAGCCCGACACCACGUACAUGCUGCGUAUCGUGAACACCGGUGGAUUUGUGUCGCAGUAUUUCUGGAUCGAAGACCACGAAAUGGACGUGAUCGAGGUGGACGGUGUCUACACCGAGCGCAACACCACCAACAUGAUCUACAUCACCACCGCCCAGCGCUACACUGUCCUGGUGCACACCAAGAACACCACCGACCGCAAUUUCGCUCUCAUGCAGAAGUUUGACGACACCAUGCUCGACGUGAUUCCCAAGGACCUCUUACUCAACACUACCAACUACUUGGUGUACAACCACAGCGCCCCGCUGCCCACGGAAAACUUUGUGGACGAACUUGACUUUCUGGAUGAUUUCUACCUGGUCCCCUACCACAAGGAAGAGCCCCUAGGCGACCCAGACUACCGCAUCACCGUCAACGUCACCAUGGACAACCUCAUCAGCGGUGUCAACUAUGCCUUUUUCAACAACCUCACCUACACGGCGCCCAAGGUGCCAGCACUUUUGACUGCGUUGUCUGCCGGCGAAGAUGCUACCAACGCCGAAGUUUACGGUAGCAACACUCAUUCGUACGUGUUGGGCAAAGACGAAAUUAUCGAAAUCGUGCUCAACAAUCAAGACACCGGUACUCAUCCUUUCCACUUGCACGGCCACACGUUCCAGACCCUGGUGCGUGACAUCGGCUACGAUGACGCCGUGGGCGAAGUCCCUCAUCCAUACCUUGAGGACGACCAUCCACCGUUCCCUGAAUACCCAAUGAUCAGAGACACCCUGUAUGUGAGACCUCAAUCUAACUUUGUGAUCCGUUUCCAAGCCGACAACCCCGGCGUGUGGAUGUUCCACUGCCACAUCGAGUGGCAUUUGACCCAGGGUCUGGCUUUCAUCUUGAUUGAAGACCCACAGGGCAUCCAGGAACGUAGCUCCCAACAACUCACCGAUACCAGCUCCAAUGUGUGUAAGAACUUGGGUAUUCCAGUCGAGGGUAACGCUGCCGGAAACUCUGUUGAUUACCUUAACUUGGUGGGCGAAAAUGUUCAGGAGAAAUUCAUUCCGGAUGGCUUCACCGCCAAGGGUAUUGUAGCCAUGACUUUCUCAUGUUUGGCUGCUAUCUUGGGUCUCAUUGCCAUUGCUGUUUACGGUCUCAUGGACUUGUCCAACGUCGAAGAAAAAGUUAUCAACGAACUGGAUCUUGACAUCGACCAAGUCCUCGCUGAAGACUCCAACAGCGAAGAUCGCGAUGCGGAAGCAAAGCACAGAAACUCUUCCAGUUAA